UGUGUGAUCCAACAAUACGCGAAGAAGAAGUUUAAGAAGAAGAAGAGAGAAGAAGAAAGGAGCGAGGAUACUUCCAAAUAUGGGAACGUAACACCCGGUGCCGUUAGCUCGGUCUGCGAGUGUAAAAAGUGAAAAAAAGGAGCUCGAAGAAGAUGUCAGUGGACAGUCCCUUGUCACCACCUCCUCCUCCGCCUCCUCCUCCGCCUUUACCUGCAUCAUGUCCACCAAUUCCUUCAGCUUCAGCAUCAAAGAAGAAGCUGUAUCAGGUCAUAGCCAGCCACAGCACUGCUGUAGAGGGGAAUCACACAGAGGCCCGCUUACUGCUCAGUCACAGGGAAAGCAGUUUUAGGAAGGACCUGCAGUGGAUACUUGUGAACACAUAUGUGCCUUCCCUCAUCCAGGAUGGUCCACAGUGUGGCCUGGUGGCUUUGUGGAUGGCUGCUCACCUCUGGCAGCCACAGCUGAGUGUUGAUAUGGACACCGUGGUGCAGACAGCGCUGAGCCGAGGAUACACAGCUCAGGGUGAAAUGUUUUCAGCUGAAAACAUGGCCCUGCUGGCAGAAGAGGUUUGUGGCUGUAAGGCCGAGCUGCUCUCAGGAGGUUUGAGAGAUAAUAAUGCUGCAGCUGUCAUUGCACACCUGUGGGGGAGGCAGCCUGUUCUCAUCCCGUAUGAUGAAGACUUCAACCACGAGCCAUGUCAGCGUGGCGGCCAGAGAGCACACUGGGCCGUCGCUUCAGGUGUUCUCCUCGGCGUGGACCAGGGCGCUGUGAGCAAAGAUCACACCCAGCCUGAUCCCACUCUGCCUUGGCUAUGCCUCGCCGCCGACAGCUGCUCACCUUGUCCGGUCAGCACCACGGCAGUCAAAGAGGUUUACAUCCUGGCUAAGCAGGGCAAAAGCCUGCGCUACCAGCUGUGGAGUUUGGACAACGUGGCUCAGAGCAACGAGCAGCUGAAGGAGAUGGACCCUCAGAAAGCAAACGAUGGCACCCAGUACGUUCUUCCUCUUGGAGGGGUGGAAGCUGGGCUGGCUGGACAGGCGGUGCUGCUCCACACAAGGACACAGACGCAGUAAGGAGUGUGAGGCUGCUCGGAUUAGCAGGACCCAGCAGAGUUUAAUCUGCUGAGAGACAUCACACUGAACUCUCAAGAUCCAGUAUGACCCAUUUAAAGUCAGGCAUUUCAAUGCGUCAUGCUGAUUUUUUCCAAGUUUUUCAAUCAAUCCACAAGGGCUGUAUUCACAUCACAGUAAUGGAACUGUGUGCACUUUGUGGAUGCGUAGGGAAGUUAUGUGAAAAUAUGUAAUGGUAUGCAUAAUUAAGAAAGAGUAGCCUUCCCUUUAAAUGUGCAGAAUUUAAGAUUUUGAAUAUGCACAUGGCAUUAAUAUUACAGCAAACAAUGAUCUGCUAUGCAAAGGUAUAGUGAAGUCAUGGCAGAGACUAAGGUCGCACCUCGUUUGUGUGUUGGAAUCUGGAUUUCUCAGUUCUCUGUUUUGCAGCCAGUCCGGUUAUGUGAGCAUAUUAGUGUAUUUGAGUCCCUCCCCUUUUUGAAAAUGUUUGCCCUUCCUGUGUUUAUACACAGAUUGAGAGUUAAAAGUUUUUUAUUUAUGUUAUUUACCUAAUUUCUGUGCACAGCUCAGUGUGAGAGUUUACUGCUGUUUUGAGGUUCUGCUCAGCAACUCGUUUUCUACCCAUGUCUGUUCUGCUUCUGUCUUUGUUUCCACACAAAGACCAGAACAACUCAUUGUGGCAUUUCAGUUUAUUUUAGAGUGCUAGGUAAUUGUUGUGACUGAAUUAUUUUUUGUUAUUCUGAUUGUAAAUGAAAGUAAAGGGAAUUUUGAUGGACAUGCUCAAUGUUUUGGCCCGAGAUGCUGCUGUUCUAGGGACAUCCAGUGGUUCUGAAGGUUGCAUCUUUAAUAGCUUUAGUUCUAUUUGUACUUUGCAGCUGAAAUAUGCAGGAGUGAACUAUUAAAAAUAACUGACAGUGCUGUUGCAUCAAUAUGGCCUUCUAUCUUGAUGAGCUUUUUUUUUUUUGAGGGGUAAACCAACAACACAUGUUUACAUCUGAUUGUUUGCUCUAAAACUAAAUUUCCAAGAAAUACACCAUUACCUCAGUGUCCAGGAAUAUUUCAAUACACAAUUCAUAGAUUUCUACCUCUACGUUCUGUCACUCGUUUGAUUUCGACUGAGAAGCUUUUGUAGUUUUCAUGGAAAUUUAGACUUUGGUCUUUCAGAUUUAGAAAAUGACACAUUUCCAUUACUGCCUGAGUACAAAAUAACUCGAUCUGUUAUGUUGUCGUCUUCAUUCACUGCCUGUACGAAAUGUAUGAUCUGAUUGUGCGUUUGAGAAAAUAAAACAAACUCUGCAAACUCUUA